UUAUUGAAUCGCCAUUUUAGAAAGAAGGAGAGCUGUUUGGAACAACAUCAGUCAGUUAGCUACGUGCUUCAACGUUAUAGUACAUCUUUUUAUUUUAUCCAGUGAUCCUACAACGCAGAAAUGUCUCGGGACAGAUUUAACCUUAACGUUAGAGGAAAUAAUCGUGGAGUUGGAUUUCAACGCCGGGGAGGUGCUGGCCCGAUGCGAGGUGGAAUGGGUAACAUGAAUAAUUUCAGACAAAACCAACACCCUUUUCAAAGAGGGCCUCAUCCCGGUAACUUUGGAAAACCACCCAACCAGAUACCUCAGAUAACACCUCAGAUAACCCCUCAGAAGCCACCCGCGCCAACUCUUUCCCAGCCAGGCGCUCAAGCGAUUCGGCCACCACCUACUCCUGGCCCUGCGCUAACCAUGAAGGGCCCCAUACAGCAACAGCAGGCCGCUGCCACAGUAGCUCCGGCCACCGCAGCAGCAGCAACUCCGACGGCCGCAGCAGCAGCAGCAACUCCGAAGGCCGCAGCAGCAGCAACUCCGAUGGCCGCACCUCCCGCGGCCGCAGCAACAGCGCCUGCGGCUCAACCAAAAAUGCAGUCCCCACCUCCGAAGCCUGUUCCUCCGAAACCCGCACUUUCAUCUCCCCCACCAAACCAAAUGAAAAAACCCGCUCUCUCAUCUCCCCCACCAAACCAGAUGAAUAGGAACCAGCAAAGACCAGGACCCGGCAACGCCAAUGGGAAUAAAUCUGGGCCCGCGAACAAAAAACCUGAACCUCAAACGCAGAAGAACACUUCAAAUGAGGCCGAGGAAGCCCACCCCCCCAAUGAGUUGAGAGCGACAUUGUCCUCGUUGCGCAGACCUGGCGAGAAGACAUACACUCAACGAUGCCGCCUUUUCAUUGGAAACCUUCCCAACGAUAUCUCAGAUGACACAUUCAAGAAGCUGUUUGCAAAGUAUGGCGAGCCCAGUGAGAUUUUCAUCAACAAAAACAAAGGCUUUGGCUUCAUACGCCUUGAAUCCCGUGCAUUGGCUGAGAUAGCUAAAGCUGAGCUGGAUGAUGUACCCAUGAAAGGCAGACCGCUUCGGGUGCGCUUUGCAACUCACUCGGCUGCACUGUCUGUGAAGAAUUUAUCACCUUUUGUUUCCAAUGAGCUACUGGAGGAGGCCUUUUCCCAGUUUGGAGUGGUGGAGAGGGCUGUGGUAAUUGUAGAUGAUCGCGGGCGCUCCACUGGCAAGGGCAUUGUCGAAUUUGCCUCUAAACCUGCUGCACGAAAGGCCCUGGAUCGUUGCAAUGAUGGAGUCUUCUUGCUCACCACGUCACCUCGUCCAAUCGUCGUUGAGCCCCUUGAACAAUACGAUGAUGAAGAUGGUCUGCCAGAGAAACUGGCACAGAAGAACCACAACUAUCAUAAGGAGCGGGAGGAGCCUCCCAGGUUUGCCCGUCCUGGCACUUUUGAGUUUGAGUACUCUAAGCGUUGGAAGUCCCUGGACGACAUGGAGAAGCAGCAGCGCCAGCAAGUGGAGAAGAACAUCCGCGAAGCCCGUGAGAAACUGGAGGGCGAGAUGGACGAUGCUUUCCAUGUGCACCAGGCCAACAUGAUCCGCCAAGAUCUGCUGAGGCGUGAGGAGGAGCUACGACGCAUGGAGGAGAUGCACAGUGCGGAGAUGCAGAAGAGGAAAGAGAUGCAGCUCAGGCAGGAGGAGGAACGUCGCAUGCGUGAGGAGGAGACGCUCCGCCAGAGGGAGAUUGAGGAGCAAAUCCGGCGCAAGCGGGAGGAGGCCUACAGAAGCGGGAACUUCAUGGACAAUAGGGAUAUGAGAUUGACUCAGGGUGGCGCCAUGGGCAUGGCUGACAAUCAAUUUGGCUCACCCAACCAGAAGUUCCCCAUGGGACUCCAAGGCAUGGGUGGACCUAACGCUGGGGGAGCCAUGAUGCCCAACGAAAUGCGCAACGAGCGGAACUUCCCUCAGGGAGGCCGGGGGGCAAUGGGUCCUAACAACCAAGGGUUUGGCAGGGUCCGUGAGGAGUUUGAUGGGCCUGCCAAGAAGCCCCGCUUUUAAAUCUUUUCAGUGUCCCUCAUAGCAGUGUUUUUGUGUAGGUUCUCUGAACAUCUUCACAUUGAGUCAUUGUUAUAUUUAAGUUGAAAGUGUUCUUGCACUUUAGCCUGAGGACUCAUUCAUUUUAUGGCAAGUUAGGUUUUUCUUUUUUUCUUUUGUAUUUGUAGUGUGAAAUUGAUGAAUUGGUCACCCUCAGUAAUCACAUAGCGCUAUCCCACCUAUGUAUAACUUUCUUUCCAGUUGUAUCCGUGCCCGUGUCGUAAAUGGUGAUAAGUGUCAACUUUUCUCACCUUUCUAUGGCUGUGUUUUGUGCCAUUUAAGAUUUGAACUAAAACAUGUAACUUUACAAUAAAGACCUAAUUUGGUUCUUUCCAAACCUUCUUAAAGUUUAUUUUAACCCAAUUUUGAGUCGUUAUCCUAAAUAAGCCCAGCAAGAGUUGACAAGCCUUUUUCCCUAGAUGUUUAUGUUGGGCGCCGGGGGUGAACAGCAACUUUAUAAUGUAAAUGAUCACCAUGUGAACUAAAUGGAACAACAUAUGCAUACUGGACAGUAUUGAUAAAGAAAGUUGAUGUUUUAGAGCACAAUUAGGUCUAGUAGAAAUUGUACUUUUGGGGCCCGAUUUUGACAAUGGAAAUGAGCAGUGCUGGUGUCAAAUGCGAUUAAUGCUACUAGAAUAGUUUGUUUAUAAAAAAUACCAGAUUUUUAAAAAUUCCCUUUGACUUUUGCGACUUAAAUUAAGAUUUGUUUUAAAAGUAUAAUUUUUGUCUAGCUCUAAAUGAAGUGUUAUGGUUUUUGACAACUGUGCUGCUGCUUUUGCGUUGACAAAAAGGUAGUAUGUUUGGCUCGUGUAUUGUUCCCAAGUCGGCUACAUAUUAUUGAACAGAGGUUGAAAGUCCUCUUUGACCACAUUUAACAUCUCAAAGCAGCACUUGAUUCAUCCACUGUCUCUUGAUAUUGCAUCAUUCAAUCUGUAUAAUUGGAAUGUAUAUCAUACACGGGAAUGUAUGAAAACGAUUUAAGAAUGUUACCCUAAAUAAUUCCAGUUUCAGCCACUGUGACAGAUGUUCUUAGGUCAUAAUUCAAAUGGCCAUGUUAUUAUGAGAAACGGGAACUGUGAGAGAAGUGGUACCCUUCAAGCUACCGUAGAACUUUUCAGCCUUCCACUUUGUCCAUUUUAUUUAUGGCUCCUUCGCUGAAUUUCUUUAGUGUCUUUCAUAGCCUAAGUACUGAUAAACCAACAGGGAUGUGAACUGAUUCAUUCCAGUGACUAUAGUCACUUUGAAGUUUCACAUGAACAGAUUGGACAGCUAGGUCUGAAACAUCAUUAAAGGGUCAGCUUGGGGUUUUAGCAAUGAAGACCUUUAUCAACUUCCCCAGGGUCUGAUUAAUUUCUGCCUACCAUUUUACUUCCAUUAAGAAUAAAGUUAGAGGUAGUUUUGUGAGCCAGUGCUAGCUUAGUGCAAAGACGAAUUCUUGAGGAUGCUAGCUGUACCUGGACUUCCAGUCCUUGCGCUAAGCUAGUUAGCAUUUCCUCCCAAAAUGACCUCUUAUACUGGACGCAGAGACUAACUUGUGACCACCAUUUUACGUCUCACUGGGGAAGUAUUAAUUGCUAAAACCCCAAUCUAUCUCUUUUAGGAUUAGGGCACAUUGUUUAAAAACGGUCAACAUUAUCUUUCACGCAUUUAUGAAGAUGUUGAGAUAUGAAAACACCAGCCCCUUGCAAUACAUUUUCUUGGUUUUUAAGACUGCUCGAUUAGACCUCUAAAUCUGUGAGACUUAAGACACAGCACACCAAAGGGUAGAUAUGUCAGCGAUGUAAGCAACAACAACAAAAAUUGAUAUAUAAUUACAAAGAAAGCUAGAGAAUGGAGAACAUUGUCCGUGUAGUUACAUUUUUAUUUAUUGAUCAAACUUGUGCUCCUAUGAGAUGUUUAAAAAUAAUCUCAUCCAUAUUUUUUACAUCGCUGUUGAAAUUGCACUAGUCACUGUACUUGAACUCAAUAGGCUCUUAGAAUUUUGACAAUUUCAAACAAUUACAGCACAAAGAUUGAUUGUGGUUGUGCUCAAUGUUACUCAAAUGACUACAAACAGUUGUUUAUCAAAACAGUUGUCUAAACAAAUCUGAUUGGAUACCUUAACACAAGUAAUGUAUACCAUAAAACAUUCAAUGUUAUUCCUGUAUGUUUGUUUUGUGUACAUUUCUUCUUUGACAGGUUUGGCCACUUUAAAGGUUGCAGUGUGUAAGGAGACAUUUCUAAAACAAGAAGUCCUAGGCCUAACUGAGUCGCACUUAAUACAGUUUACUCCCGUGACUUGUCUUACACAGACCGACCUGAUGAAGAGUCUUGCCUUAGUGAAGAGUUUUCAGCAGUUUUCAGUAAUGUAACAGGGAUUCCAGUUGGUGAAAUGGUUGUUUGAUUAACAGAACAGUAAAUAGCAACAACCUGUGACUGAAAUCGGAACUGACACCCCAUCUAAAAUUCUAACUGGGUGUUGUCAACAUGUCUAGGUGAUUUGGAAUACAAUGAAUGAAGCCAGUUUGCCAGAAUGGCUGAAUAACAAGAAGACUGGAUCUGGCUGUGUUUCAUAGGGUGUAUGUUUCUAGGUGAACUCUUAGUCAGCUCUUCCUGGACUACUCACCAUGUUGGUCAACUUGCUAUAGUAAUGUUGACCUACAGUCAACUCGGUGGGAUGUAGGCCUAGAAGUAGCAAUGUACUGGGAAAGAAAGAUCAGACUCAUUUUAAAAUUAAAUUUCAACUCCAAGGCAAUGACCACGGUUGCUUUUUUUUCAGCCUGUUGGGCUGUUUUUACGGGCAGCCCAAUUCUGAUAUUUUCCCCACUAAUUGCUCUUUCGACCAAUCACAUCAGAUCUUUUCAGAGCUGAUCUGAUUGGUCAGAAGACUAAUUAGUGGAUGAUAAAGUUUAAGAAUUGAGCUGCCUGCCUAAACUCAGCCAUGUCAUACUGUUUGCAGAUGGAAUCACAGAUCAGGACACAAACUAAUGGUUAAAAUAAAUGUAGCUAGCUUUGUUUAUGCACCUGUAGUGGGAAUGUAGAUCACCCCUUAGUUAGUUUUAUAUAUAUAUAUAUUUGUUGUCCUGGCUUUAUAUGGAUUAUUGAAGUACUCUGAAAUAGUUGCCAGACUUGUAUAACCGAUGGAAGUCUAUAGUAGAACUUCCCCUUAUUCCCCGUCACCCUUCGGCAGGCUGAGGAGACCUGCGUACCUAUAAGGAGCGAGAAGCUUGUCUUUGUCAAGUGUCUUGAGUGCAUGGGCGUGCAGUAGCUGUGCAAUAAAAUCCAACAGCCAGCCUGCCCCAUUCCACAGUAGAGGCUCCAAGUAAAGGCUCCGGCAGUUGGUUACGUUGAGGAUGAGUAGUUCUGCAGAAGUCAGUGGACAGUAGAGCCUGGACUUGUGUGCAGCGAGAGGUAUGCUUACAGAGCCACUGAAAAGGUAAGUGUUCCUGUUCAUGAUUUGUUUAAAUGCCAAACAUGUACUGCUCUAACUUCCUCUGUCACCUGACGUGAUGUGACAGUACAGGGGUUCUGGCAUCACACUUCUGAAAAAUGGAAUCACAGUGCAGUACUCAUUCCUCCCUCCGUAUGUGAACGUGUGGCAAUGUGUUUUUAGCCUGUGCAGUAUCUGGUAUUUUUCCUUCAUUUCUGACUGAAGCUGGUCUCUGUAUGAAACAAACUGUAUAUGGACUGCUGUGUCACUGGCUCAACAAAUAGUGUGUGAUGGUGUAUACCCACAACUUGACUUUGGUUCAAUCAACAAAACUCCUUUUGUUGAGACUUCUUUCAAGCUGUAAUGACAAGUGCAAUGGGGGGGGGUGUUACUGGCAAUAGUUUUUUUGACAUUGAAUUAUCUGGUUCCUUGGCCCUGUAGAAGGGUCUUUUGGUUGUUGGUGGGGAUCUUUAUUGUUGAUCUUGACCUCCUGUUUAAUCAAGUAAUAGAGGAAGCAAUUUGUGAAGCCUGUCCAUUGUCCAAUGUUUGCCUAAUAUUAGAACAUAAUUUAUUUUGCCUUUAUUGCAAACCUUCGUAAAUCAUGUAGACCAAGGCCAAAAUGUAGCCGCUAAGGUGUAUCGUAGUACUCGAGCACAGGACUCUGACUCAAGUCGGACUAGUUAUUUUCAAUACAGAAACGAUAGCUUUGACUCAAGCAAUAUUCAGCACUAGACUUUUUGUGUGUGUCUAGGGAUGUGAGAAUCAACCUGGUGACCAUGUUCAUUUCGACUUGACGUGUGCUCUAAGUGGACUGGCUUUUUUUGGACGUCUACAGUGCAACACUGGCAAGUGAUAUUUGCCCAGUCGAUUCAAUGUUAUGGCAAAGAAACUCCUUAAAGACCCCUAACGAGUAAUUGUCAAUGUAUUUUAUCAGCGGUUCAGACUUACUAUGUCCGAAUACCCAUACUAGCGUACUCUGCUUAAACUGCAUACUAUUUAGCACGUACCUUUUAGUAAUAAGUAUGCCACAGUCGCAACGCAAUAGUGGCUCGUGGCUGGCUGAGUAGGUGGGACGGGGCCGAGUGCGGGUGGGUUUUUCCAGCCUGAUAAUAGCACAUUUUUGAUACAUUGCUCUAAUCUCUGAAUAGGAAUGGCGUUUAAAUGCCUACUCAGGAUGGUUAUAGGCAGACUGCCACAUUAGACCUAUACUAUAAACCUAUUCAUAAGCCUAUACCAUAAGCCAUAACAUAUUUUAUAGUGAAACCAAAGGGCCGUGAGAUCUAUCUAUAUACAUGCAACAAUUUAAAUGAUUUUACUGAGUUACAUUUCAUAUAAGGAAAUAUUCCAUUGAUAUAAAUUCAUUCUGCAAUAAUCUAUGGAUUUCACAUGACUUGGCAGGGGUGCAGCCAUGGGUGGCCCUGGGAGGACAUAAACCCACCCACUGGAGAGCCAGUCCCAGCCAAUAACCCCCUAAAAAAAUAAGCCCCCAACAAAAGGGCUUAUUACAGAGAAAUACUCCUGAGUUUUCUGCUCUCCGUGUGGCUGGUCUUAAACAAUCCUGCAUUAGAAGCCGGAUGUGGAGGUCCUGGGCUGGUGUGGUUACACAUGGUCUGCGGUUGUGAGACCGGUUGGACGUACUGCAAGUUUUUGACAACUACUUUGGAGGCAGUUUAUGGUAAAGAAAUGAACAUUCAAUUCUCUGGUGGACAUCCCUGCAGUCAUCAGCAUGCCAAUUCCACACUAUCAGGUGUACCCGUGUAAGGAUCAUGCUGUUUAAUCAUCUUGAUAUGCCACACCUGUCAGGUGGAUGGAUUAUCUUGGCAAAGGAUAAAUGCUCUCGAACAAGGAUGUAAACAAAUCUGUGCACAAAAUACUCAAAUUUUAAGGAGAACAAAAACGGCUUUGCCUACAUUUGAACACUGUUGAGUCUUCCCAAUUUAAGUAGCCUAGUUUUGUUUGACUACUUGACAAGAACUAGAGCCCAUCACCCCCUGUUUCAAUAUGCAUUCUGGAAGUGUGCAUUGAAUUCGACUAGAUGAAGGGCAGAAAAUGAGCGUAGUGUCCUGGCAUUUAAACAAUACUUGAUUUUUGAAAAUGAACACGCUGUACCAUUUUUGCGUACUGGGAAUGCGACAUGUGAGAUUGCGUUUGCUAUUUGUUUAUUUUCGGUAGCUCAUUCGCAUCGAAUUGACCAGUUAAUGUCAAAGCCAAAAUGAGUAUGACACCCUGGAUUUAAAGUGCUCGAUUUUCGAAAUGUUACAUACUAUUCAACUUUAUUUUUCCGCGUACUCGUGCGGCCUACUGUUUAGGAUGAAAGUAUAGGUAUUCGGUCAUGUGGAGCAGUGAAUUGUACUAGUAUUUGGGCUCUUUCAGUCCUCUUUCCUGCCUGUCUUGUCACACACCAGUAGCCCAGUUUUUUUUUUUUGGGGGGGGGGGGGGGCGGUAUAUGUGAUCGGCAACCUCCAAUUUCCAGAUUUUCUUGGUUGUGUGGUUCAUCAUUAUGGGUUCUUACACUUUUUCAGUUGCUCCCCUAGGUCAUUUAGGAAGGUUUUAGUUUGACUUUUGUUAGACCCAGCUUUCUUUUAUUUACUCUAAGAUUGUAAUAGAAAUGGCAAACAUGAGCUUGUUGACAACUGAGUAAGCUGGGAACAGCCUCUACUUUUGUAGAAUGUGACUUUGGUGUAUUGCUAAGAUCAACUAGACGAUCAACUAACGUGUCAUUUUCAGCGUUAAUCCACUGGGCUAUUCUUGGGCGGCGGGACAGUUGUGGGACUGGGUUUGGGUCUAUCUGGGUCAUUCACAGCCUAGCUAUUCAUAAAGGUCACUUGGUCACUUCACUUGAUACUAUAGUGUGGCAACUACCAUACACAAGAAGGCACUGUUUCUCUUUCUCUCUCCUGUACUUUGGAAAGACCUGUGACUCUGUCCAAAAAUGGCAGCAUGUUCCCCCUGUCUGGUUCCUGCCUGUCUAAGUGGACAAAUCCAUUAUGGAGGCCCCGUGGGGAUGGCCCAGUCCAUCACUCUCAGACAUGUUCUACUGAAAUUGUGUACUGUUAAGGACAAUGGUGCAACACUAAAAUUAUAUUUUUUAACAUGCGCUUUCUCCCUCGUUUGCAAGCGGUCGCUGUCAGCGGUUUUGAAAUUUCAGUCCAUUUUUUAAUUUUUUAUUUCACCUUUAUUUAACCAGGUAGGCCAGUUGAGAACAAGUUCUCAUUUGCAAUUGCAACCUGGCCAAGAUAAAGCAAAGUGGUGCGACACACAAACAGUUACACAUGGAAUAAACAAACGUACAGUCAAUAACACAACAAAGUCUAUAUACGGUGUGUGCAAAUGUUGAAUUGCCACCUUUUCCCAGACCAUGUUGCUAUGUGCAUAAUAGAAAUGUUAAACGCAUUGGUGUUGAGAGAAAUGCAGUGGAGGCAGCAGCGGAGUUAGGUGACAAAACAGCCCUUGCCAUAAUUGUCUAGGAAAAGUGAGAGGAAAUCCCAACUUAAUUAGGUCUUUAAUCAAUAGCCUAAAUGUGCUAUAUAUACAUUCUCUAAGCGGCCUCAAACGGUAGUGUUGUUGCCUGUUUUGAAUAAUAGCCUACUUAUUCCCAUGCAACCAUGUGGAAUAAACAACUUCACAAAUUCGUCUUUUUUUAUUCUUUGCUAUAUGCUGUAAUAAAGGCGUUACAGAUUUUGUUAGAACAGCCUCUGGUAUUAUUUAUUUAGUGUGUACACUGUUCCAAAUGAUCAGAAAGGAUGUAUAAUAAUGGCCAGUCAGAUCUUGAUAUUAUUAUGAUCAUUAUAAUAAGUGAUGUCAUUAUCAUUAGGCUUAGUAUAACAGCCUUGUAUAACCAACAUUGAGCUGUAAGGCCUAAGAGCGCAUCCUGUUUAGUCUUAAUACUGUAAUUUACUUGGGCCUGUAUUUCUAUAUAUAUAUAUAUAUAUAUAUAUUUGCCACUGUAGCAAUAAUUUAUUUGUUCAUGUCAUCACACAGCGUACGAGUCAUUCGGAUUUUAAAUGCAAUGAAGUGUACAAAAAAUAUAUUAUAAUAAUAAAGCAACCGUUGAAUAAUUAGCCUAAACAGUAAAUAAACCGCUCUAUUUCUGCAAUUGCAUUCACAAAUGCAUGCGACUGUUUUUAGUCUUGCUGUAAAAGGCUUUACAAAAAAAAACUUUCUGGUAUGCAUAUUUGGUUAGUGUUUACAUUUUUCCAAACGGUCAGAAAUGUUUGGAAUCUAACCGCACCAGUUUGGCACAUAAUAUGCAUAUAUAUUCCUUUUCUUGAUCUCCAAGAUUUUCCACAACUUUUCAGUUAUUCCACAUAUCUGACUUCCCCUUUUUACCUGAGCAACCAGUAAACAUUCAUGUUUUGACUUAAUUUGUCACAUGCUCUGCAUCCAUUUUGCUGUCACAUUACGGAGUUAGUAGUUUCUAACCAAUUUAUUGAUGUGAUUAUGAUAUUGUAUAGGUCAUGCCCCAUUGAUCACGUGCAUGCGAUGCAUAGGCCUACAUGUGUCACGUAAAGAGAGCAAGGGUUUAGGGAUUGUUGUAACCUAAACAUUUGGGUAACUGAACUUUUCAUUCAGAAAUGGCUCUAAUUAUGUUGCUGCUUCAGCAACACGGACGAUAAACUGUUCUGUGGUGGUCGCUGCAGCAGGGAGGAGGACACAACGGGUGCAAUUCUAACAAACACGGUCUUAUAUUUUAUUUUUUUAGUGCGCAGCAGGUCUGAGCCCUGCCCGGCACAAAUCAAUUGUGGUCGGAGUCCUAAGUCAUUUGUCGGAAUUAUUUCAUCCAACAGUGUGCUUAAAGCAUCAGACAAGCUCAGUGCAUAUAGUUGAUUUGAUUAAAACACACAAUGUCUAUAUAUGGGAAAAUACACAUUUUUUCCCCCCAUUUUGACCUUUUGAUUAGUCGAAAGAACAGACUACUCUCGGUCGACCUAUAUAUAUAUAUAUAUAUAUAUAUAUAUAUAUAUAUUUUUUUUUUUGUUGUUGGGGACAGCCGUUUUUUUUUUUCAUGCUUCAAGGUAUCAUCAAUCCUCCUGUCUUAUAUCAGUGACAUUCUCAAGCCAGUGACCAGCCAGCCAAUUAUAAAGGGUUCAGUUCACAAGGACUGUGCCAACCUCCUUGGUGUAGCAGUUUGUAUGUAAACGGUGUCUCAUGCAGCAAACUUAGUGUUGGUUAUCUUGGACUGUAAGCGUCUUGUGUAGAGAACUACCAUGAGCAGUGAAAUCAGCCCUAGGGCUGUCUAGUGUGUCUGUCUGCACUGUGAUCCAUUUCCCCUCGGGAGUCUCCUCUUUGAGUGGCCAGUCUGCUUCUCCGUAUCCCCUUCAGAGUGUGAUUCCAGAACUACCCUCCAGGGCCUCAGGGCCUCUACUGGAAAGGGCAAUGCCUUUUCCAAACUCGUUCUGCAAGAUCGACGUCGCAAAUGCCCAUCAUGAUGUAUAAGGUGAAAGCGUCUUCAUAGGUGCAACUCCUGACGUUUUGGGGGGUUUGCUAUAACAAUACUUUUCCAGUGUCAACCAAGUCAAGCUUACCUUGCUUUGUAACUGUUUUCAGUCCUCAUGUUUUUGCAUGAUUGGUGUCAUGGCUCUUAUGCAUUUGCCUGUUCCCUCUGGAGUUAAUAAAUGUUGCUAUAAAGUGACGUAGCCUACAUACCUAACUACAGUGGGGAGAACAAGUAUUUGAUACACUGCCGAUUCUGCAGGUUUUCCUACUUACAAAGCAUGUAGAGUUCUGUAAUUUUUAUCAUACGUACACUUCAACUGUGAGAGACGGAAUCUAAAACAAAAAUCCAGAAAAUCACAUUUGUAUGAUUAAGUAAUUAAUUAGCAUUUUAUUGCAUGACAUAAGUAUUUUAUACAUCAGAAAAGCAGAACUUAAUAUUUGGUACAGAAACCUUUGUUUGCAAUUACAGAGAUCAUACGUUUCCUGUAGUUCUUGACCAGGUUUGCACACACUGCAGCAGGGAUUUUGGUCCACUCCGCCAUACAGACCUUCUCCAGAUCCUUCGGGUUUCGGGGCUGUCGCUGGGCAAUACGGACUUUCAGCUCCCUCCCAAAGAUUUUCUAUUGGGUUCAGGUCUGGAGACUGGCUAGGCAUCUCCAGGACCUUGAGAUGCUUCUUACCGAGCCACUCCUUAGUUGCCCUGGCUGUGUGUUUCGCUUCCACGACCCAUCUUCAAUGCUCUUACUGAGGGAGGGAGGUUGUUGGCCAAGAUCUCGCAAUACAUGGCCCCAUCCAUCCUCCCCUCAAUACGGUGCAGUCGUCCUGUCCCCUUUGCAGAAAAGCAUCCCCAAAGAACGAUGUUUCCACCUCCAUGCUUCACGGUUGGGAUGGUGCUCUUGGUUGUACUCAUCCUUCUUCCUCCAAACACGGCGAGUGAGUUUAGACCCAAGAGCUCUAUUUUUGUCUCAUCAGACCACAUGACCUUCUCAAAUUCUUCCUCUGGAUCAUCCAGGUGGUCAUUGGCAAACUUCAGCCGGGACUGGACAUGCGCUGGCUUGAGCAGGGGGACCUUGCGUGCGCUGCAGUAUUUUAAUCCAUGACGGCGUAGUGUGUUACUAAUGGUUUUCUUUGAGACUGUGGUCCCAGCUCUCUUCAGGUCAUUGACCAGGUCCUGCCGUGUAGUUCUGGGCUGAUCCCUCACCUUCCUCAUGAUCAUUGAUGCCCCACGAGGUGAGAUCUUGCAUGGAGCCCCAGACUGAGGGUGAUUGACUGUCAUCUUGAACAUCUUCCAUUUUCUAAUAAUUGCGCCAACAGUUGUUGCCUUCUCACCAAGCUGCUUGCCUAUUGUCCUGUAGCCCAUCCCAGCCUUGUGCAGGUCUACAAUUUUAUCCCUGAUGUCCUUACACAACUCUCUGGUCUUGGCCAUUGUGGAGAGUUUGGAGUCUGUUUGAGUGUGUGGACAGGCGUCUUUUAUACAGGAAGCGAGUUCCAACAGGUGCAGUUAAUACAGGUAAUGAGUGGAGAACAGGAGGGCUUCUUAAAGAAAAACUAACAGGUCUGUGCGAGCCGGAAUUCUUACUGGUUGGUAGGUGAUCAAAUACUUAUGUCAUGCAAUAAAAUGCAAAUUAAUUGCUUAAAAAUCAUACAAUGUGAUUUUCUGGAUUUUUGUUUUAGAUUCCGUCUCUCACAGUUGAAGUGUACCUAUGGUAAAAAUUACAGACCUACAUGCUUUGUAAGUAGGAAACACUGCCAAUUUUGCAGGUUAUCAAAUACUUGUUCUCCCCACUGUAUGUCAAAAUUUACUUAAAAAAAAAUUGUAAUGUCUGACAUUAAUUGGCACAAGUUCUUUUAACAUUUUAAACAAUCUGUCAUUUACAUCUAGUGCAUGCAUGUACUGUAGUUUUUGUAAUUUAAAUUCCAAAAAGCCUAAUCCACUUUCAAGUCCUCUACAUCCCUGUAGUUUAGCACUCAUAUCUACAGUUAUUUGUGUACUAGUGUCUUAGGAUACAUUUUCGAAAUUCAUAGCUUUGAGCUCAUUGUUUCUCUCUUACUGCAGGGGCCUCGAGUGAUUGUAGGAGGCUGAGGAGCUGCUCCUGGUUUAACAUAUGGUUAACUGAAUAGACUGAUACCUGUGCAGGGGCGCCUCUGGUCCAUCCUAAAACAAGGAUGUGGUCUAUCCUAAAGCAAGGAAAUGGAUCUGCAGACCCAGGCGGAAGUGAAGUGUGACGCCGUGUCAAUGCCCCAGCAUCCAACCAGCAGAAAAGCUAGAAGUUCAACAGGAGACUUUUAUUUUUUUUAUGUAUUUUUCUACACAAAAUUGCAAUAAAAGGUUCAACUUGG